AUGCAGAAUUUGACUACAAAGGAAAUUCUAGAUGGUCUGGAUAAUAGAGUAGUAGCAUUUACCUUCACAGUUGGUGACACAUUACUUCCAUACGAACCAUCCAAAAUUCUUGCAAAAGGACUAUACGAUAAUUCAGUUGACCUUUUACUGGGCGUUGAAAACAAUGAAGCUUCGAUGUUCAUGAAUGCUAUCGAUCCCAUAGCUUUCGAUUACUUUUCUCCUAAGCCAAUAUCUUUUCGUGAAGCUACAAACUUCUUGGAACGUAUUUUUGAUUCUAAAUCAAUUGACUAUUUCCGUGAACUCUACUUUGGCACAGAAACUAACAACUCAGAUUAUUUGCGAGCUCAACUCGAAAGAGCUUACAGUGACCUUUUAUUUGUUUGUCCGACUUAUAUCUUUGGGCAUCAAUAUGCUUCUAAUUUAGGUACAAAGGGUGGUAAAGUUUAUGCUUAUUUCCACACACAGAGACCAAAAGCUUAUCUUUCUUUUUUUAACGAAUGGAUGGGAACAUUUCAUUCAUCUGAUAUUCCAUAUGUUUUCGGUUUACCUCUGAUAAAGUCUGGUUAUUCACAGAAAGAUAUUUCAUUGAGUCGUGAAAUGAUGAAAAUCUGGACUCAUUUCGCUGAAAAUGGUGAGCCUCCAAUGGCUGGUGAAACUAAAUGGAAACCAUUCCAAGAAAAGAUGUCAGCAAUGGUACUAAACAUAGAUGAUUGGGGAAAAACUGAAACGGAAAGAGUUGAAUUUUGUCGGAAAGAAUGGGAUUAUUUAUAUCCACAC